AUGAAUUCCUUAUUAACAGAAUCAAUAGCAAGUACAAUAUCCGGAAUAAUUGGUAAAUUCUUAUGUUAUCCUUUGGAUACAGUAAAGGCAUAGUUUUAUGUAAAGUUUUAUUUGAUUAAUUAAUUAAAGGUGGAAAGAAAGCCUAUACAAAUGAAUUUGAAUGAUGUCCAAAAAAGCUUUAGAAAUGUAUAUUAAUAAGGUGGAAUAAAGCAAUUUUAUAAAGGAGGUUUGAUUGCAAUAGUAUGAAUAUUAAUUAAUAAAGAUAGGAAGUGGGCCUGCUUUUUCUUUAUAUUUGACUUCUUACAAAUAUUUUAAGAUACAAAUAAGCAAUAAAAUUGAAUCAAAACUAUUUUUACAUCUUUGUUGUGGAUUAUUAGCUGAGACUGUAAGUGGUAUUCUAUGGCUUCCAAUAGAUGUUGUAAAAGAAAGGUUAUAAGUUUAAAAAAAACUUGGAAAUCAUAAUUAUAGUGGAUCUGUUGAUGCUGUGAUAUAAAUAGUAAAAUAGGAAGGAAUAUUAGGCUUAUACAGAGGUUAAAUCAAAUAUUUAAUUAAUAGGUUUUGGAGCCACAUUAGGAUUUUUUGGCCCAUAUAGUGCUUUGUAUUUUGCAAGUUUUGAAUAUUUAAAGGGUAUUAAUAUGAUAUUGAAUUAAAGAAAAGACUAAUAAUAAUGCUCUGUUAUCUUCUUUGGGAGCAUUCUUUUUUUCAUCUAUUUUUACGUAGCCUCUUUCAGUUAGUAAAAUGAGAAUCUAAAUUUAAUCUCGAAAGUUGAAUCUAAAUUAAUAAGGAGCAGAAUGUUUCAAUUACAAGAAUUAAUUGCAUGGAAUUUGGAGAAUAUUUAUAGAUGAAGGAAUUUAAGCUUUAUUUAGAGGAUAUUUUAUGAGAUGUUUGUAUGCAGGUUCCCUAACUACUUUCAAUAUGACUUUUGCAGAAAUAUUAAAAUAAUAUGUUAAUAAUAAGAUAUGA